AUGUAUGUAAUUAAUGGUGUAAGAGAGACUCCUAUUAAUGGAACACCAAUUGACUUCGUGAAUAUUUAUUGUGAUGCUUGGAAUAAUGAUCCAAUAUUACGACCUGACAUAGCUGAAAUUCGUCACAAAUUAAAUCAUAUACAAUUGGAUCCAAUUCAUUACUACCAGACAGAGUUUGAGUUGAAAUUAUCAAUGGUUUUAGAAAUAUGGUAUUAA